AUGCGGCGACUUUUUCGAGUACUCAGCCAACAAGAACUCUGCCAUCGACGUGCAGCAACCUUCCGAACUCGCACAACGGGCAUCCAGCAGCUCGAACUGACAACGAUAAUUCUCAUAAACGCACCACAGACUACCAGAGACAACCAGCACCGAGCGGACACCAACCGCAAACGCGACAACGAGAAUCCUGCUUUCCAUACACCAGACUACGUACUACAACAUACCAUGAACAAGACGGGAAAACACGCGAGUCAACGUGCCAGCAAAGCGUCAUCACCUGAAGCUCAUCCUACCCUCGUUCCUCCAACACCGCCGCAGGCUCUAGCUAAUGGACAGGUUCGAAUCCGCCCUCUUCGGCGCCAUCCUACCCGAAUGAAAGUUAGUAUCUAG